AAUUGGCCGAUGUUGAAACACACCACGAAGUUAGCAUUCUCCAGAGCCUUUGGUGGGAGAUGCUGCGAAUCGACACCCGUUGAUGCAGCAGCAGCAACAGCAGCACCACCACCACCAGAAGGCGAAGAAACUGCUGCCGAUAGACACGAGCCGCAUCAUGUUCAGACAUAG